AUGCCAUCCCGCCGCAACGCCUCUCUCUCUCGCCCUGCGACGCCCUUCGACUCGAGCAUGCUACCGACGACGACGACGACGCCAGCGGUACCCCAGACCGGUGCUGCGCUGCCUGGUGGACCCCUCCACUCUACCCCACCUGCUAGGACCUACGCCCAAGUGGCCGCGUCCCCCCCGGCGAGUCCGACGAUGCAGCACGCGCUGAUGCUGCACGCGGCCCACCCUGCGCCGCCCGGCGGCGUCAUUCCCAUGGGGCUCAUGGGCCCUGCGACGACGCCGAUGAGCCUGCCGGCGGCGAGCGUGCAGCCGCGCCCAGGCAACCAGUAUGUACAGGGUGCCUCGGACCGAGCAACGGACGCCGCUGGGCCGUCGCUGCGGGCAGAGAGCUCUGCGGUGGGCCUAGAUGGAGGUAGUCGGGGCAAGCCGAUAGACAAGGGCAAAGGGCGAGGCCCGCCAGGACCUCCGAGCCCGACGCUCUCUCCUGGAGAGUUGUCGGCGCCGUCAACCCCGCGGUCGCCCACACCGGCUUACCCCGACGACUUCGAGGUACACGGGAGCCGCUUUAACGAUGCCGAGGAGAUCGCGUGUGCCAUUGCGGAGAGCAUCAUCACCGACGGGGCCCGCUACGACGACUUCAUCACGGACGGCAUCGGCCGCGACGGCCUGCCACUUCCUGGGAGGGUCCCAGACUACGAGCAGCGCAAACGCAAGCGAGCCCGCGUGCACACCCCCUCCUCGGAAUGUGACGAACCGGCGAUUUUCUACGCGCGCGCCCUCGAGAAGCCGGAAGACCUGCCCCGCCCGCCCACACCCCAUCCCUCAACGAUCGUCACCGCGCGGGAGCUCCACAACCUCCGACGCUCAACGGGCGAGGAGAACGGCCGCGAGGACUUCAGCCUGGAACCGCCGCCAUCCAACCAAGCGGCCCUGCGCACCCGUCCGCCGCCCUCGACGCAGCCUCGGCAACCGACAUCGCGGCUAGUCAAAGGUGGUGUGCGCCCCGCCCGCGGAAGGAAAUCCCUGCCGGCGUCCAAGACUCUGUUCAGCGGCGCCGACCCGAUGGAUGUCGACAUCCUGCUGGCCUCCCCGGUGCUCCGACCUUUGGAUGCGCGCGCGCACGCUGCUACGCAAGGUCCUCUUGACGAGAGCGGGAGUCAGCUCUUUCCCGUCUACCUCACCGGGACGGCGACGGUGCCGUCGCGCCAGUCCGCAACAGGCCACGCGACGGUGUCCACGAGCUCAACGUCGACGUCGGUCGCCCAGCGUCGGGAUCCUGCUGAUUUCUGGGCGGACAACCGACCCGGGCGGAGCUGGUCUGACCGGUCUGAGAACUCGAGCAACAUCCCCGCGCGUGCUCCCCUGCUUCCCGAGCCCUUCUGCCCCGACAACAUGAGUCACCGGCCGCCGAACUACCGCCCUCCUACGCCGUUUCCCCGGGGCUACGACGGGGUGCUCGACACUGCCCCUCGAUCCUCCGGAAAUGGUGCAGGCCCGAGUUCGCGCGCGGCCCGAGCCCUGACGCAGCGCGAGCCCCCUCAGAGCGGGCAGUCGCCGUCCCCCUUCCCCCAGGACGGCCGCUUCCACACGUAUGUCGCCCAAAUGGCGACGCUGCAGGCGUACGCGCCGCAAGGUUUCGGGUUCACCCCAGCCCCGGCGGGAGGUUUCGGCCCGCACGACUUCGGAGAUCCGGAGCACCUGAUCUACGGGAUGGCCAGCGACCGGGUGGAGGAGUUGUGGCAGGAGGAGCCGACGACGACGGCGCUCAUAGAAGUCCACGGUACCCGCCAUCCCAGCCCGCAACUGAUCCAGGCGCAGACAGAUCUCAUCACCACGGUUGUCGCCGCCGCCACAAACGAAACGGACUUCCGCGUCAUCGGGCCCGAGGCCGAGCACCCCACGCGCCGUAAGUACAGCCCGUCGACCUACGCCCUGGUGAAACUCCGUGCGACCGCGAUUCUCGCCCUGGUCACCCAACGCAUCUGGUCGUCGGAGCUGAUCACGCUCAGCGUCUUCCGACGCGUCAUCACCCUCCCCGACUUUCUCUGCCUGCUCGAGGGGGUCAAGCAGCACCCCGAGCUCGACAUCGCGCGCACCGUGUGGGAGACCUUCAACGGGCCGCACAUCCUCCCAGCCCUCCUGCGGUACCUUCGCGCGAACCCGAAGUACAACCGCAUGCACCAGGAGGUCGCCGCGAACAUCGUCCUGAGUUCGCUCCGAGUACACGUCACCGCCCUCAACAACGGCAACCUCGUCGCGGCGAUCUAUUGCACGUCGCCCGCUGCGACGGUCGCUGAGUGGCGCGUCUGGCGCGACACGAUCCUCCGCGCCCCCUUCCAUGUUCGCGACGACGUGGUCAUCCCCAGCCAGCCGAGCCUCUGCGGUGGCUGCCAUAGCGCCUCCCACCCCACUGACCUGUGCCCAUACCCGGGCGUCCCGGACUGGCACGCGACCCCCCAGCGCUCACGACUAGCCAUCACCCAGCGCGACAACGUGGACCUCGGCCCUAGCACGGCGACUCUGCAGGGGGACCAGGCGGGCCCGUCCACGUACAACCGCUCCCUCCGCGGCCGCGGCGGCGCUGCAAUGCGCGGCAACAACGGCCGGCAGAACCCUGGGCGCGGCGCGUCGAACGGUGGAGGCAAGCGCGGCGGGCGCGGCGGCGCGCAGGACGGGGCGGGCAACAACGGCCGCCACAACCGCGACCCGUACUAG